GGGGGGGUAAAUAGAUGUUUGGCUCCGCCUUGUAAGGCGACAGGAAGCGCCUCCACUACCAAGUGAUUUGCCUGUUUUAAGAAAAGUGAAGUAAGGCCGAAGUUAAAUCGAAGGAUUUGAUCGAAGACAUCCGCAAGUUUAGUGUGAAAUCUAUGUGCGACCUAUCUCGAAUGUAGUUUGAUACUAAAGAACCAAGUGAAAAACAUGUUUUCGUUCAUGCACUAAAUGUAGCAGUAUAGCCAGUUAACGUUAACGAAAACAUCAAGAAACGUGCCAGGCCAUGGCCCAGGGCAGUGAGGUCCAGUACGAGCCGGUGGCAGAGAUCGGAGGCGGUGCAUACGGGACGGUGUACAAAGCUCGGGACCUGGAGAGCGGCCAGUUUGUAGCUCUGAAGAGCGUUCGCGUCCAGACGGACCAAGAUGGCCUCCCUAUCUCCACAGUCAGAGAGGUGGCCCUGCUGAAGAGACUGGAGCAGUUUGACCAUCCCAACGUGGUCAAGCUCAUGGACGUGUGUGCUACCCUGAGGACGGAUCAGGAGACUAAAGUCACCCUGGUGUUUGAGCACGUGGACCAGGACCUUAAGACCUACCUAGAGAAGGCCCCCGCCCCAGGACUGCCUCCCAGCCGCAUCCAAGACCUGAUGCGUCAGUUGCUGUGUGGCCUGGCAUUCCUCCACUCGAACCGCGUGGUGCACCGGGACCUGAAGCCAGAGAACAUCCUGGUCACCAGCCGUGGUCAGGUGAAGCUGGCCGACUUUGGACUGGCAAGGAUCUACAGCUACCACAUGGCCCUCACUCCUGUGGUGGUGACUCUGUGGUACAGGCCUCCUGAGGUCCUGCUCCAGUCCACCUACGCAACACCUGUGGACAUCUGGAGCACGGGCUGCAUCUUUGCUGAGAUGUUCCGACGCAAACCAUUGUUCUGUGGAGACUCUGAAGUGGACCAACUGGGAAAGAUAUUCAAUGUGAUUGGCCUGCCACCUGAGGAGGAGUGGCCUGCUGAUGUCACCCUCUCACGACACAACUUCAGUCCUAUUAGCCCCGGCCCAAUCACCGACUACGCACCAGAGAUCAAUAAACAGGGGACAGAGUUGCUGCUGAAAAUGCUAACUUUUGACCCUCUAAGAAGAAUCUCUGCCCUGAAUGCUCUAGAACAUCCUUACUUCCAGGAGAAUGAGGAGGAAGUGACAAAUGAUUGAAAUGCAGUUAAUGACAUGGAAGGACGGUACCAUGAGGAAUGGUAACCCUGACUCCAUUUGUGUAAUUGUCAUUCAGUGCAUUUCAGGCCAGGUUCCUGUUGUGGGUCCUUAAAAAAAAAAAAAAAAAAAAAAAAACUCUUACUACACAAGCUAGUCACACCCAGUGGACCACCUGGAGAAUGUAAGGUGAGAAGUGGGGUUUUAGGACCAUAUGGAUAUGAACCUGAAGAGGGAUUGACUCGUUCAUUCCCCAAGUGAAAUGUGCACCCAUACACAACACGGAAUAACUGUCAUUAAUAUUAAAGCUUAAUGUAUUUUUGUAAAUUCACACAUGAACACAGUAGCUAAGUGGCAUUUGUUGAACAGGUUUACAGGCCAAAUGUGUUUUUCUGUACCAAGCAUCCCAAUGUAUCAGUGUUGCAAAGACUAAUAAAGCUGCUCCAAUCAACUAA